AUGGAUCAGUUACGAAGAUUAAAUGACAAUUUAGAAAAUGAGAAAAAUCAAAUUAGCGCAAUUUCUAGAAACGUCAAUUUCCUAUUGAAAAAUCCCUUUUUUAUAGAAACUAAAAAUCGCCAGUCAAAUAAUGGGAAGGGAGUCAUUUUCAAGAAAAAAAGAAAAUGCAUCCAGAAUUCUGAAAACAUGAACAAUUUUUUGAAAAAUUCUCCAACAACUUUCAAUGAUACGAGAAAAAAGAAAAUUGAUGUGGAACAAAUUGAAGAUGCACCAAGCAACUUCAACUCCAUGCAUGGGACAGUAUAUGAAAACGAAGAUAUCAAUCAAACUGUUUCAUACAUUACUGAACUUCAACUUAAAAACCAUCUUGAAUUUUUGGGUGAAAUAGACGCAAACCCAAGAAAUGAAAUUUCAAAUAAAGACAUCAAGACCCAAACGUUACCAGCAUGCAGGAAGGCUGCAACUGAAACUGAUGUGAGAGGGAGAAAACCCUCUUUAUCAGAGUGCAGCAAACCAGCAGUUCGUCGGGCAAAAAAUUCAAAUAUUCAAUCGAAAGCUAGAUUAACUCAUGACUUGCUAGUAAAGGAUGCUGAAGCAAAGUGUAAAUGUGAAACAGAGAAAAAUAUCCGUUCUGUAAAAGAUUGCAGUGGUAGAACAUCGUCUGAGACAAAACAUUUUAAUGAUGUUAUUGUGAAAUGUAACACAAUCCACAAGGUCAAAGCAUCAAGUCAGAUAGAAGAGGAUGGUUCUGUUGAUGAUGAAACUCUGCAGCCUGUUGAACUUCUGGUUCCUGUUACUUCAGACAUCAAACAGACUCCUGAUUUUUCCAACAACGGACAUUUGUUUAAGAAGCAUUCGCCAUGCAAGCAUGCCACACAGAGGAACGAGGCUCUCAGAUCUCAAUUGUUCCAAGCAGAACUCGUCACCAACUCUGAAUGUUUCAUGAAGAGGAAGUUCAUGGAUGUCUUGCAAAGUCAUUCAGUUCAUCUGGUUCCUCAUCUGAUGAGAAGCAGUCUUGCGUCUCCCAUUAAGAAGAAGUUGUAUUUGUUGUGGUUGUAUGAAUGCAUCAUACUCCUACUUGCAUCAGAAAAUAGAAGUGAGCGCUGUAUGCACCUGAACAAACUUUUUUUAAAGAAUGAGAAAAAAUACCGACAUAUGACAAGAGGUUUAAACCUUUUAACAUCACCAUUCCAUCUUUUCAUAUUUAAAAAAACAAAAAAGUGA